AUGGACGUACAAGAGGAAUACGACGAAAUGGAGAACAGUAUGCCGAAAUAUCUCAUUUUUUCAACGGGCUCCACAACCUUUACGCCUCACCAAAUUGGGUUCAAGCGCAUUCGGAACGUGUUCUUUCCCAAAAAGCUUGAUCCUGGGCCAUCACUUAAGGAAAGAAUAGCUGCGAAGAAGGCCGCGGAGCAACAACAGCAGCAGACCCCGCGCGCCGAUCCAGACUGGUGGGAUUAUGAGUCAGUCAAGGAUAGAUUCGACAAGGUGGACAAGGUAAUUGAUUUGCACGGACACAUCAUUGGCAUGGCACUGAGCCCGGACCAUCGAUACUUGUAUGUUAACACACGUCCCUGGCCGAAGAACUACGUGAUCACCAACCCUUUGGAGCCGCCACCCAUUGCCCAAGAGAUUGACAUCCACGUAAUUGACCUCAUGACUCUCAAGCGGGUAGGCAACAUGUUGCGGGCCCACAAGGCCUACACUCCCAGCACCGAAUGCUUCUUUAUCUUUCUUGAUGUUUGCGAGGAGUAUGUGGCCAGUGGAGCUGAAGAUCAACAUGCCUACCUGUGGGAUAGAUACUACGGCAUAAGCCUAGCAAAGUUUAAGCACUCGGACGUGGUUAACAGCGUGGCCUUCAAUCCUCGCGACUCGGAGAUGCUGGUUACCACCAGCGACGACUACACAAUCAAGGUCUGGCGCUCACGAGCAAAGGCCAAGGAGUUUAAUAUCGCCAUGAACGUCAGCGAAUCCUUUGAGUUGAAGCCGAAAAACUAA